CCAAUCACAGGCACAACAGUCAAUCGAGAAGGCAAGCGCGGCGCGGCGCGGAUUGCACAUUCACCAUUGUCAUUGGACUUAUCGCACCCUGACAAGCUCGCACUCUCCGCGACUUGCUUCCGCUCAGACUACACUCUCACCUCCGUCACUAGCGAGUGCCGCGCGCGCAAACAGCAUCUCCACUCGUUGGUCAAUUCGUCCAGCUUCCACCUUCGCGAUGGCCUCUGUAGCGACAACUCGGGCUGCAUUGCCUCCUUCUCCCGCCGCGCAGCACAAGCGUCGAAGAGUGGAAGGCGCUGCUGGUGCGAUGGUGGUGAACAAAAAGGGCGCAGGAGGAGCCAAGUCAGGUGCGAAAUCCUUUGUAGAGACCUUAGAGAAGCUGCGUGAUGAAGCGGAACAGGUGGCGAUGGAAGAGGCGGGAUCGGAGGAGGACAAGUGGGCUCGACCAGCUUUGCAGCCGCUGGAUACCAAGAGGGAUGGCAUAACAUUUCAGCAGAUCGACAUUGAAGAGUAUCAAGCGCCCAAUCAGGCUCCCCUCAUCCGAAUCUAUGGAGUCACUGCUGCUGGCCACUCGGUCCUCGCUCACGUAUCCGGAUUCCUGCCUUACUUUUACAUCCACGCACCGCGGGGUUUUCAACAGAGCGAUUGCAGCUCCUUCGCCAAUCACCUCAACUCGCUCUUUGGCGCAAGGAGCGUGACGCGUGUGGAGAUGGUGGCGAAAAAGAGUCUGAUGAACUAUUUGGGCGAUCAAGACGUCGCCUUUCUCAAGAUCACCACUGGCGAUAUUCGCAAUCUCGGCAAAGUCAGGGGAAGUCUGGAGCGGGGAGAAGUGUCGUUCAGGGAUCUGAUGUCGUCGGGGGAUGCGCAGGUCAGCUACGAAAACAUCGCUUACUCGCUGCGCUUCAUGAUCGAUCACAAGAUUGUGGGCAUGAACUGGUUGACCAUUCAACCCGAAGGCUACACGGUCCGAUCAGACAAUGACAAGCUGUCCCGCUGUCAGAUCGAGGUCAAUUGCUCCUCCGAAAGCUUAGUUUCGCAUGCACCAGACGACGAGUGGGCGGACAUCGCCCCGCUGCGCAUCCUCAGCUUCGACAUUGAGUGCGCAGGAAGAAAAGGCGUCUUUCCGGAAGCCGAGGUCGACCCGGUGAUCCAGAUUGCCAGCAUGGUCACCCGUCAAGGCGAGACGGCGCCCUUUAUCAAGAACGUCUUUACCCUCAACACUUGCUCCCCCAUCGUGGGCACGCACGUCAAGGACUUUCAAAGCGAAAAGGACAUGCUGGAAGCUUGGGCGGACUUUGUGCAGGUCGUCGAUCCGGACGUCGUCAUUGGGUACAACAUUGCCAACUUUGACUUUCCCUAUCUCCUCGAUCGAGCCAAAGCGCUCAAAGCUACGAAGUUUCCUUAUCUGGGCAGAGAGCGGUUGACACGUACCGAGGCCAAGGACACGCACUUUUCAUCCAAAGCUUACGGCACCCGAGAUUCAAAGAAUACAGAGUUGCAAGGCAGGCUUCAGUUGGACAUGCUUCAGGUCAUGCAGCGAGACUACAAGCUGCGCUCCUACUCGCUCAAUUCCGUCUCGUUUGAGUUCCUGGGAGAACAAAAGGAGGAUGUACACUUUUCGCUCAUUACGGAGCUUCAAAAUGGAGGGCCUGAGGCUCGUCGAAGAUUAGCAGUAUACUGCUUGAAAGACGCUUAUCUGCCGCAACGACUUAUGGACAAGCUUAUGUGCUUUAUCAACUAUAUUGAGAUGUCUCGCGUAACGGGCGUGCCCUUCAACUACCUCUUGGCAAGAGGUCAACAGAUCAAGGUGGUCUCGCAGCUGUUCAGAAAGGCCCGCGAAGACAAUUACUUGGUGCCUUCGCUGAAGUCUGAAGGUACAGACGAUCAGUACGAGGGAGCGACCGUGCUGGAGCCCAAGCAAGGUUACUACGAUUCGCCUAUCACCACUUUGGAUUUUGCCUCGCUUUAUCCUUCCAUCAUGAUGGCGCACAACUUGUGCUACACUACGCUGCUCACCCGAACGACGAUCGAGCGAUUGAAGCUUGUCAAGGACAAGGAUUACGUGCUGACGCCCAACAAUAACACGUUUGUCAAGCCAGAUGUUCGAAAGGGGCUUUUGCCCACUGUGCUGGAGGACCUGUUGGCCGCUCGUAAGCGAGCCAAAGCGGAUCUGAAAAAGGAGACGGAUCCCUUCAAACGUGCCGUGCUGGACGGAAGGCAGCUGGCACUCAAAAUUAGCGCCAACUCUGUCUAUGGUUUCACAGGUGCAACGGUGGGCAAACUGCCAUGCUUGGAGAUCAGCAUGAGCGUCACGGCGUACGGUAGGCAGAUGAUUGAGCAGACCAAGACGCAGGUAGAGUCGCACUACUCCAUCGCCAAUGGCUUCGAGCACGAUGCAGAAGUCGUCUAUGGUGAUACCGACUCGGUCAUGGUCAAGUUUGGCACGCCAGACUUGAAGAGGGCCAUGGAGCUGGGAGCGGAUGCGGCUGCAAGAGUAUCCACCACGUUUACUAAGCCCAUCAAGUUGGAAUUCGAGAAAGUCUACUUUCCUUAUCUGCUCAUCUCCAAGAAGAGGUAUGCAGGUCUGUACUGGACCAAUCCGGACAAGUGGGACAAGAUGGACACGAAGGGCAUCGAGACCGUCCGCAGAGAUAAUUGUCGCUUGGUGCGCAUGGUCAUUGAUACUUGUCUGCGCAAGAUGCUCAUCGACCGCGACGUCAGGGGAGCAGAAGACUUCGUCAAGCAAGUGAUUUCCGAUUUGCUGCAGAACAAGAUCGACCUGUCUCAGCUAGUGAUCACCAAGGCGCUUGCCAAGGCGGACUACGCAGCCAAGCAAGCUCACGUAGAGUUGGCAGAGAGGAUGCGAAAGAGGGAUGCUGGGUCUGCGCCGGCGCUCGGCGACCGUGUCGCCUACGUCAUCGUCAAGGGCACAAAGGGCGCUGCUGCGUACGAAAAGUCAGAAGAUCCCCUGUACGUGCUCGAACACAACAUUCCCAUCGAUACGAGGUAUUACUUGGACAAUCAGCUGGCAAAACCCUUGAUGCGAAUCUUUGAACCCAUCUCUGGUGCAGGUGCACAGAAGCUGCUCAAUGGGUCUCAUACGCGCACCGUGCAAGUGGCCACCUCUACCGUAGGCUCGUUGAUGAAGUUCGCAGUCAAGACUGCACAAUGUCUCGGAUGCAGGACUCCUCUGCCUGCAAAGCUCGGGGAUGCCCCGGUCUGCGAACGUUGCAGACCUCGAUUGCCCGAGAUAUAUGCUGAAAAGCUCGCGAGGCAGUCAUCCCUCGAAGAAGAGUUCUCUCGACUUUGGACAUGCUGUCAACGUUGCAGUGGCACAGUGACGCAGGACGUCCUGUGCAGCAAUUCUGAUUGUCCUGCUUUCUACUCGAGAAGAAGAGCGCAAAAGGAUGUAGAGGAGGCUUCUAAGGUCAUGGCUAGGUUCGACAUUUCUUGGUAGACAGAUGAUCAACGCAUACCUUUGGCACGCACGUGUACCGUAGCAUUUCCCUUUUCUGCCCCCUCUUUCAAUCAAGCAGCGUCCACGCGCGCCUAGAGACCCGUGUUUUCGGCAUCGCUGCCUGACUCAUAGGCUCGCGCAAAAGUGCGUAAUCCAAACUCG